AUGCCUGUGGCGACCACCGAAGCACCAGCCGUCGCGCUGUCCUUUGCCAAUAACUUCUGGGGCAAAGAUGACGCCGGUGUCCAUCCUCUCCUAGAUCGUAUGGCUGCGGCCAAGCAAACAAAUGACGAAUUGAAGUCGUUUUAUAGCGCCCGCGCCUCGCUCGAAGAUGAAUAUGCCAAGAAACUCCUCAACCUCAGCAGGAAGGCGCUGGGCUCACAAGAGACCGGCAGUCUCAAAGCCUCGCUAGAUACUCUCCGUGGAGAGGUCGAGAGCAUGGGCAAGCAGCACCAGAGUAUUGCAGCUCAGAUGAAGACAGAGCUGGAAGAGCCACUGUCCGCAUUUGCUGGUGGUAUGAAGGAGCGUCGAAAGAUUGUUCAGAACGUCAUUGAAAAGAUCUUGAAGACCAAGAUUCAACAGACGCAGCAGGUCAACAAGAUUAAGACAAGAGACAAGUACGAACAAGAAUGCCUGAAGAUUAAGGGCUAUCUCGCACAAGGUCACAUGGUCAUGGGCCAAGAAGAGCGACGCAACAAAGCCAAGCUUGAGAAGACGCAAAUCAGCCUUGCGACUUCCAACACGGAGUAUGAAACUGCGAUCAAAGCGCUUGAAGAAACGACUGUGCGGUGGAACAGAGAAUGGAAGGCUGCUGCCGAUAAGUUCCAGGACCUGGAAGAGGAACGUCUCGACUUUACAAAGAGCAGUCUCUGGACGUUCGCCAACAUUUCCUCGACCGUAUGUGUCAGUGAUGAUGCUUCUUGCGAAAAAAUUCGUCUCUCCCUCGAAAGCAUGGAGGUUGAGAAGGACAUUGCUUCCUUCAUUACGGAGAGGGGCACCGGUCAAGAGAUUCCCGACGCCCCCAAGUACAUCAACUUCCGCCGGGGUGACAUGGAUAACCAGUCCGAAAUCUCAGACGAUGAUCGGUAUUCAGUCGCGCAAUUCCCUCGCAGCAUCAAUCCUGCGUUCCGAUCCUCUUCACCUCAACCGUCGACUUUCGAGUCUCACCAUGAUCCCUCGUCCAACUUGGCAAACGAUCUUGCUCAUCGAGAGAACUUGAUGCAGCCUCAAAGCAGGGAAACUACAGUUACGCCUCAACAUGGACCGCCAAGUCAGGGAAGACCUUCCAUGGACGAGCAGUUCCGUCGAGGCCCCCCGCAGAUGAGCCCUGCGCAAUAUGAUGGCAAGCAGCACGGCCCUCUGGCAGCUGUGCCGCACGAUCCUUACCCAAUGGAUGGGAUGACAAUGCUUUGUCGUACUGGGCCGCCCUCCGACAUGAGUUCCCAGGUCACAUCUGCAAGGCCAGCUAGCAUGGGCUCACACAGCGAAUAUUCCAACCCGAACUCGUUUUCCAGCGUCGAGCCUCCUAGCGGCAAGACGUCACCUAUAAAACAGGACCCUGAGCCCAUCGCCACCCCGGAAAAGCGUGUAUUCAAGAAGAAGAGCGGAUUCUUCCAGAAUCAUAGCCCUUUCCGCCGCAAGAGCACUAAAGAAGUCCACCCAGAAACGGGCCGGAACACCUGGCAUUCGAAUGCUGCGUCUGGAAGCCCACGCAGACCACCUCUGUACAGCCAAGAGGAGCAGAGCAGGCACGCUGCCGCGGCAAGAGCCCCUAGUCCUGAGCCUAUUGAUGCCAAUGCCAGCCUUGCUCUUGGUGUUGGUCAGAAUGUUCUGCCUGUCUCGACCUCGGAUACACGCCGCCGGGGCAGCCACGCCCCAACUGCUAGUGUUGACGAUACCGACCCGAUUGCUGCUGCACUCGCGGAAUUGAGAGUCGGUGGUAACAAGGCCGGCUCUGUCCGUAUGUCCGCUGAUCGCUAUCACGGUGUUGCAACCCCGGCACCUAGCAAUCACGAUAUGCCUGCUGCUACUCGUGGCACACCGCCAGCAUAUAGCUCCCAGUCACAGGUGUCCAGACUCGGCGUACCACCACCAGCAGUGACAUCAAAGGCCAUGAAGCAGGCUUCUAAGAAGGUUGCCAGCCAGACGCGAAGCAUCUUUGGCGAAGACAGCCGAGAGAGUGGCAUGUCGCCGAGCUCGCGGCCUGGAACUCGUAGUGGCUAUGAUAUGCCGAGAGCGGCAUCCCCUGCUCCUACGCGAAGUGCAUCGCCGCAGCCCAGAAUGGGUCACGACACCCGCUACCGCUCUGCGUCCCCCAAUCCUCGCACACAGCACCAGAGAGGCGGCUCGCAGCCACACAACGAUCCAUACCGUCAUGCCUCGCCUCAUGGCUCCAUGAGGGGCUCCGUCAGAGGAUCAUCGCCAGCGUCUUAUGCGGACUAUGGCGCUCGUCCUCACAGCAGCUAUGGUGGCAGCGAUAUGGCAGUUCAGUUGGCCCCGGUAGGUGGGGAUAUGUAUGGUUCCAAGCGCGGGAGAGGAGGUGACUCUCGUGCAAUGGGCUUGUAUGAAGGUGGUUCCCGCCCACGCAGCAAGAGUGUUGUUGAUUCCUCUCGCCAAUACACGCGCGAUGGCAGGGUUAUCCUGCACUUUGCACGCGCUCUCUAUAUGUACCAGGCAGCUAUCCCAGAAGAGCUGGGAUUUGCCAAGGGAGACGUCCUCGCCGUUUUGCGGCACCAAGACGAUGGCUGGUGGGAGGCUGAGGUGCACGGUGGCAAUGGCCGCCAGGAAACAUUGCGGGAUGCCGUUAGGGCGCUGACGUCCAAGCCGAUGCAGCGAGCAGUCGUCAAUGCGAUCCUGCUCGCGUCGGGCAUCGGCACCCUCCUGGCCCUCGCCGCAAUUUCAUCCGCGCUCUUCUUCCAGGCCUACCUGCCGCAUCAAGUCGUGACCGCGCCCGUGCAUCUGCAAUAUGGGUCGAGCCCGAACCCGUACGGCAUAGCUCCGUUGGUGGCGUCGCGGAUGAAGUCCCUCCAAGACUACGAUAUUUCCGUCACGUUCAUGAUGCCUCGAUCGCCAGCGAACCUCGACCGCGGCAACUUCAUGGUCAGCCUGCACCUGAUCGACUCGCGCGACCAGACCCCCAUCGCGGCUCGCGCCGAUGAGUUUGCCAGGGGCCAUGCCGGAUUCGGCGUGAGCAAGGUGCUCUUCAGCUCGCGCCGCUCGGCGCUGGUGCCGUACGAGGACCCGCUCGUGUCGCUCACGUCGCGAGUGCUCCUGAUGGGCUAUCUCCUGCUGUCGUCCAACUCUCAGCGCCACGAGCUGACGGUGAAGUUGGCCGAGCGCGUCUCGUUCGAGAAGGACUCGCUGCGGCCGGCGGCGGCGUACGUUGAGGUGGAAGCCGGGCAGGACAUCCAAAUCUACAGCACCCAUUUGACGCUCACGGCGCAGCUCCGCGGCCUGCGGUACCUGAUGGUCCACUACCGCCUACUGACGUACGUCGUACUCACGCUGCUGUUCUGGUUCUUUGAAGUCUUGUUCAUGAGCGCUGCAUGGUCGGCCUGGAGCUCGUAUGUCUCCAUGCCCGUUGACGGGGGUAAGCUGCAACGAGGGGUGUCAGGGGACAGAGAUGCUGCUACCGAUUCGGGUGACGACCUUGAACUUGAGGGUGGCCGUGGCAGGGCCGAUGACGAGGACGAGGCAGGACCAAGUCGCAGCGUCAAGCGUGACAGCUCCUCAUCUUUCAAAAGGGAGCCCGGGUUCAAAGGGGAGGAGACACCGGAACGAUCUUUGGCUGACAUCCCGCUGGUUGGGGCGGAAGCGGAUGACGAGGAUGAUACAGAGGAGGAAGAUAGGAAGUGCCAGGCUGUGUCAGGGCAAGGAACGAGCUACAGAAAGGAGGGCAGUGACACGGUGCGUCGAAGGGCGUCGCAAGGGUUUGCGUAG